CAUGCUCGUCGGUCCGAUCCCGUUCUCGCAGCACAUGACCGUGCGAACAGUGCCACCAGGCCCACCAACCCGAGAUACCCGAAGCUCCGAUACCCCAUCGCACAGCGGAGGGACCGAGGAAGAAUUUCGGGAGCAUGGCGGAGAAGGGCGGGAGUAGGAAGGCCGUGCCGGCGCUCGGGUGGUGGCUGAUGCUGGUCGGUUCCCUCCGCCUCGCCUCCGUCUGGUUCGGUUUCUUCAACAUCUGGGCGCUCCGUGUCGCCGUCUUCUCGCAGACAGAGAUGACUGAUGUACAUGGUCGUACUUUUGGGGUCUGGACACUUCUAACAUGCACACUGUGCUUUCUGUGUGCACUUAACCUGGAAAACAGACCUCUAUAUCUAGCCACCUUCCUGUCAUUCGUCUAUGCUCUCGGUCACUUUCUCACCGAAUACUUGAUAUAUCAUACCAUGGCUGCAGCAAAUCUGAGCACAGUUGGCUUCUUUGCAGGGACAUCAAUUGUAUGGAUGCUUCUUCAGUGGAACUCUCACGGGGAUGCGCGUGUUUCGCAUGCUGUCAAGCAGUCAUGAGAGGCGUAUGAGCACCGGGGAGUAGACUGUACGCCUGAAGAAGCCUUGCGGAAUUUUCAUGCCCCCUCUUUUCUGUUUAAUUUCAAUUGCUACUGUAUUCUUUAGCUUCAAUUUUUUUUGUUCAAGAUUCAUCUGAAAAUACGAAUAUUAUGUACUGUAACAACCAGCAUAUUUUGGGGUUAGUUCAAUGUGGGCGCCAAAAAACAUACUGACACACGUGUGUUUGAAA